GUGUAUUACCGCAAUUUAGCUAUUUUUUUAACAGCUAUAUUUACUAUUAACCACGUAAAGUGACGGUACGACUCAAAUCAGGCGUUCCAGCAAUCGCACGCUUAUCAGCCCAGUAGGAUAAGCCGGUUAUCAUCGGUACACGAUUACAUCACUCCUAACGGGCUCUUUUGUCCUUGAUUUACGGAUUGCUUCCGGCGCCCGAUGUCCCUGCUGAAUCUGCUUCCACACCGUGUUUCACAGCGACUGACCGCGCUUUAUUUCACCGUAUCGAGUUUUAGUUUGCAACGGCGACCGCACACCAUCCAGACGAACGCGAUGGCUAGCAUGACGGUAACGAAGAUUCCGGCGUUGAAAGACAACUUCAUGUACUUGGUGAUGUGUAACGCGACACGCAAGGCAGCCGUCGUAGAUCCGGUUGAACCGGACCGCGUGCUGGAGGUGGUUCGCGAACAAGAAUGUAAGCUGAACCAAGUGUUGACGACGCAUCACCACUGGGAUCAUGCCGGUGGUAAUGAAGCCCUACACAAGCGCUUCCUCGAGAACACUGACUGGGGCGAGCUGGUCGUGUACGGCGGGAACGACGAUCGCAUCGCACAGCUGACUAACCGCGUGAAGCAAGACGACACGUUCGAAAUCGGACAACUGCGUGUUCGCUGCCUGUCCACGCCGUGCCACACUACGUCCCACAUUUGCUACUACAUCGAGUCUGACCAGGAUCGGGCGGUGUUUACCGGCGACACGCUCUUCUUGGCUGGUUGUGGCCGCUUCUUCGAGGGAACCGCACAGCAGAUGUACGACGCGCUAAUCGGGCAGCUCUCAACCCUGCCGGACGAAACACACGUGUACUGCGGUCAUGAGUAUGCGUUGCAAAACCUACGCUUCGGGCAUUUGGUCGAACCGGACAAUGAAGACAUCCGGGCGAUGCUGGAACGGGCACAAGAGACCGAUCUCGAAGGCAGACGUGCUCUUGUGCCAUCCACGAUCGGCCAGGAAAAACGCAUCAACGUGUUCAUGCGCGUCCGGGAAGCGGCCGUUCAAGCGUUCGCUGGUAAAACUACACCGGUUGAAACCAUGCAAGCAGUACGGGCUGCAAAGGACAAAAUGUAGGUCAAGUAGUCUGCGCCGACUCGUAAAUGUUUGGACUAUGCUGGUCGCGUGCAUGAUUGGCUCACAAUAUCGUUGACAAAAGAAUGCCGCAAAUGUAAAGCGCCAUAUGUGUGUGAUUAGUAUAACCUGGGCGUAAGAUCUUUAUUACUGCAACCAAUUGGGUAUAUGGGAAAUUAUCAAUAUUUACAUCCACAUCCGCCUAUAGUGACCUACGAAAGCCUUGUAAUCUUGCUUUGAAAUAUCUUGUUAUUUUACUCAAGGGUGUUAACAGGAAAUAAUUCUUAAGAUUGGCUGAAUGAGAUGUAACACUGGUGAGCCUGAGAUGAAUAAAAUGCCU